AUGACGGUGUUGCAACAGAUCCUAAAUAACCUCCAGCUGAAAGUGUUUAUUGAGAAUCAUGUUCUUUCUACCACUGAAAAAGUGACAUGUAAUCCUUCUCACGUUCGUUCGAUUUGUUUAGGAAGUAGAAAAGAGUCCCAGCUCAUUCAUGUUGCCAAUGCCACCACCAAUCCGGCGUUGAAUGCACAAAAGUCAGACUGCUUAAUUGUUACCAUUACAAAAGUCUUACCAGAAGCCAUGAAACUGGUCACAUCUCUUCCCGACGAGUUUCAUGUAAACUCGUUGCAUGAAUGGAGUAUGGAGUGUAUGGUGUGGGAUAAGAGUGAACCAUUAAUCACAUCUCAAAACUUUUUCAAUGCAAACACCAACCAAUUAGUAUUACCUUCUGUUGAAAAUGAUUUGUUCAAGCAGAAUAAUUCUGCAGCCUGCUAUAUGGAUGUGUUGAAUUCUUCUACUGUGAUUCAAAAGGAUCCCUUGUCCAUGAUCUUUGCCUCUCAAAAAGAUAUGGUCGUGCCUGCAUUCUCCACUCAAAAAGAUCUGUCUGAAGUGGUAUUGCCUCAAUCCAUGCAAUCUCAACCACCAAUGCAAUGCAAUUUCAACCACCCGACCAACACCACAAUACUCUCUUCUCAAACUGAUGUUUUGACUCCAGUCUUCUCCUCUUCAGUGGGCUCACAUUCCACCAUUCCAACGAUCCAUGAAUUUGAAGAAUUGAAAAAGAAGUAUGAAAGAAUUGUCGACAUUAAUCAUGAUCUCCAAUUCAAUAUGAAAAGGAUUCAACGAGAAUUGGAACAAGAGCUUCCUUCAUAUACCAGCACACGGAAAUCAAGGAAACCACUCGCCAGUGGAGCAACAUUUUCAAUACUCACAAAUAAUGGCCGAACUUGA